GACGGAAAUUACGUCCUGUUUAGAGAGAAGUGGUGUUUACGGACAGGUUGGUCUGUAACUGGAUGCUGUAGUAGCAGUGCCUGGUUGUCAAGGAAUAGACGGGCAUCUUUCGGAAAGACGAAGAGGAGAAUAAAAACAAUAUUUAAUGAGAAUCAGUUUCCUGAUACAUACAUAACAGGGCUGAACCUUGUGGAUAUGGGUGCCCAUCUGCCUAUUUAACAAGCUCCGCCUUCCCCGUUUCUCGCUACACUAGCCGGGAUGAAAGCAGAUAAGACGUGGAUACAGCAGCAGAGCGCAGCAUGAGCAUUCACACGCUCGGGGACUCACUAGGCCCUAGCCUGGCAGUGCGUUUGAGUGGAGCCGCUGGCAUCUGGAGCAGUCUAUCCCUGAAGCCAGUGCCCACUGGGCGAAUACCGUCUCUGUUCCAGACAAUGGUCCCUACGGGAUACACCAAGCUCCAGGAGGAGCGGGGCAUGGCAAUGGCCGAACUGGGGCCCAAACCGGAGGGGAAUGGCUACCGGCCCGACCAGCCUCACCUGGAGGCCCGUCGGCACUCGGACCGUGUAGCGCGGACGUCCGUCAGCCUGUCAGAUGGUGGGGACGCUCGUUACUCUGAGACCGAGCCCAUGCUUCCCGAGGGGAGGUUAUCAGCGGAGGAGGGGGAUGGUGAUGAGGUGGAGGUGGACGAGGAGGAGGAGGAGGAAGAGCAGGGUCAGAGGCCCACCACACGGAACAUGCCCAAGGAGUCGCCCCUGGCCAUGGCCCUGCAGAUCGUAGUGCCUUUCCUGCUGGCUGGGUUCGGCACUGUGUCGGCAGGGAUGGUCCUGGACAUAGUACAGCACUGGGAUGCCUUCAAGUACAUCACGGAGAUCUUCAUCCUGGUUCCGGCUCUUCUGGGCCUGAAGGGCAAUCUGGAGAUGACCCUCGCGUCACGACUAUCCACUGCGGUGAAUGUGGGGAAGAUGGACUCUCCCAUAGAGAAGUGGAAUCUGAUCAUAGGAAACCUGGCGCUGAAACAGGUGCAGGCUACGGUGGUGGGCUUCCUGGCGGCCGUGGCGGCCGUGGUUCUCGGCUGGAUCCCAGAGGGGAAGUUCCAGAUGAGUCACGCUGUACUGCUCUGCUCCGCCAGCGUGGCCACGGCCUUCAUAGCCUCCAUGCUGCAGGGUUUCAUCAUGGUGGGUGUAAUUGUGGGCUCAAAGAAGACUGGCAUCAAUCCAGACAAUGUGGCAACGCCCAUCGCUGCUAGCUUUGGUGACCUCAUCACCCUGGCCAUCCUGGCCUGGAUUAGCCAGGGCCUCUACAACUGCCUGGAUUCUCACCCAUAUGUGUCGUCCCUGGUGUGUGCGUUCUUCCUGUCUCUGACUCCGUUGUGGAUGGUGAUCUCCUCCAAGCACCCGGCCAGCCGCACCCUGCUCUACUCUGGUUGGGAGCCCGUUAUCACCGCCAUGGUCAUUAGCAGUAUUGGCGGACUCAUCCUGGACAAAACGGUGUCGGACCCGAACCUGGCUGGCAUUGUGGUGUACACCCCUGUCAUUAACGGGAUCGGGGGAAACCUAGUAGCCAUCCAGUCCAGCCGCAUCUCCACCCACCUGCACUUCCACAGUGCUCCUGGGGAAGUGCCUGAGGAGGCCAAGGGCUGCUACCACCCCUGCCGCACCUUCUGUGGAACAGGAGCCAAUCACCGUUCGGCUCAGGUUCUCCUCCUGUUGGUGCUCCCAGGUCACCUGAUCUUUCUUUACACCAUCCACCUAAUGAAGAGUGGCCAUACCACCCUGACGCCGAUCUUCAUGACCGUCUACCUGGCUGCAGCCCUCUUACAGGUGUUCCUGUUGUUGUGUAUAGCUGACUGGAUGGUGUACUCAAUGUGGGGCAGUGGGAAAGACCCGGACAGUUUCUCCAUCCCCUACCUGACGGCCCUGGGCGACCUCUUGGGCACUGCCCUCCUGGCUCUCAGCUUCCAGUUCCUGUGGUACAUCGGUGACCAGGACAGCGAUGUGGGCGACUGAGAGGACCUGGGACGGAAGGGAGGAGGGGUUACGCCCAUGCCUCUACCCCACUCUACCCCACUCUACACCCUCCCCCUUUCUGCUUUGCAGGGUGGUUGCGGUGAAGUCAGUUGGCCUUGCUUAGCUAUUUAUUAACCAACCAGGAGCACAUUUUGAGUUGGGGAAAAAAAAUAUAUAUAUAUAUUUUCUGGAAUAAAAUUUUCUGCAUCUAGUUCAUUUUUACAUUCAAACAAUAGCACUGUAAUCUAGCCAAAUGAUGCUUCUUACAGUGCAUUUUAUAAAGAGAUUUGACCCUUAUUUGUUUGCACAAAGGCACUUCAAUUCAGCGGACACUGCAGGACUUCCUGCAAGCCUGUAGUUGGUAGCGGUAGCGGGGCUGCAGUAUUUCUCUUGACAGGAGGGAUUCAUAGACUGACAGGGUUAUGAUACGACAGAGCGUCAACGCUGGGCCUGCAGAACGUUUUGUUCCAGCCCUGCAGCCAGUGACAGUCCUAGUAGCUGAUUCAGGCCUUUUAGAGCUGGUCUGGAGCAAACGCCUGGAUCUGCCUGCUCCAAACUACAUACACCCUGAGCCCAGGCCACUGCAGAGGCAUGUCGUUUUAAUAAGGCUCAGCCAUACAUUGAACGUCUGUAGUUUUUUUUCCUGAUGGGACUGUUCGUAUGUCUUCGUUAUGCAUAAUCACCAGAGGACUAGUCGCAAGGACAGGGUGAUGGUGACGCUGAUUAAUGGUACUCAAAGGGACUAAGGAAUGUACGGGAUACUUGGUAUUUGUGUCCCUCGUGACUUUUUUCCUUGUCUUUCCCGGACUCUUUCUUUCUCUUCUUUCUCUUUUCUUUCUUACUCUUGCUCUCUCUCCCUCCUUCUCUCUCUCACUCGGUUUCUUGCUCGCUCUGUCUUUCUCUCUUCGCUUUGUUUCACUCUCACCCCUGCUAGCUUGUGUGGUCUCCUGUUUGCUCUGUCUAUCAACCUGUCUAUGUUUUCCCUCCUCCUUUCUCUGAUGAGGUCCGGUCACAAACACAGAGUAGAGAACAACGGCGACGUUCCAGUCAGGUCUUGUACGAUCAUGUGGUUGUCACCAUAGACGUUUACACGCCAGGCCCACUCUGUUUCCAUGUAUUUAUGUUCACCAUGUUGACUCGGACGUUUAUAUUCCAUUGAAAUGUGCCUCCAGAGAUUCACUGGUUAAAAGGCUGUUUCUCUGUCUGAUGCCAUAUUCCUUUUUUCUUUUGUUGAUUUAUUGUGUUUUUCUAAAAUCUAAUGAUCAGUUCCAAAAAAAAGAAAAAAAAAGCUAAACAAUGAAUGUCCUGUUUGCCAACUUUUGACAUAUAUAAACCUUUUCAUAAAUAAAUAAUGUCCAACAUUUCGUAAAUGUU